UAAGGAGACGCCGCUGACAACUCUCCUGACUCAAAAUUUUAUUUUUUUAGGGGGAAUAUUUUUCGAAUUUGGAUUAUAUGUUGGUGUGAUUGUUUUUUUUUUUUGGAUAUCCUGGUUUAUUCAUGGUGUUUUAGGAUAUUUUUGACCGUCAGUAAAGGUAAAUGUUUAUAAAUAUAUUCCUUCGGUAUUUUUUUUUCCGAUUUUCCGAUAACGAUAAUUAGCAUAUUUAAGGAAUAAAUUUUUGGUGAGCCGAGCAGAAAUUUUAAAAAAUAUCCAGCGGAUUUGCCUGAUCGUCUGGGCUAUGAUUGCUAUGCGGGCGUGCGUGCCGCGGGCAGCAAUAGCCUGGCGGAUAGCGCAGCCACCGGGAAGUACCGACCCCAGGCUGGGUUCUGGGAGUAAGAAAACUCUCGAAGCUAGUCGCAGAUUGACGAACUCCAUUGCAUGCCGUUGUCAGAACCGAGUGAGAGAGAAAGUGGUGAUCGUCACUGGCUCCAGCAGUGGUAUUGGUCACUCAACUGCCCUUGAUCUAGCCAGGAAAGGUGCAACCGUGUAUCUGGCUUUCCGUAAGCACAAGAUUGGUGAAGCCGUAGCAGAAAACCUGCGCAGCUCUACCGGCAACCGGUCUGUCUACUUUCUCCACCUGGACCUCACAGAUUUCUCGUCAAUUCGGUCGUUCGUCCACGAAUUUUCAAAACGUGAACAGAGGUUGGACGCCCUGGUGAACAACGCCGCCGUCUUCCACCAUCCGCCAGCACUCACUGGGGACCAGAUCGAGGUCACUUACCAGACCAACUAUCUUGGUGUGUUCCUGCUCACUCAGUUACUACUGAAGGACAUCCAGCGCUCCCCUGCCAGCCGCAUUGUCUUCGUCUCAUCGGCGGCACACAAGUUAGUCAGUGAACAGGACCUGCUUCACUACGAUCCUCGAGAAUUGUCCAAACCGACGACCUUUGCCGACCAUGUCAGGAGUUAUGGCCUCUCUAAGUUAGCCAUACAUCUCUUCGCUCAGUAUAUUGUCGAGACUGCGCCAGGAGUGUUGGUUGUAUUAGUGGAUCCUGGGAAUGUUUGGACCCCAAUCUACCGUCACUCGUGGCAGUCGUGGAGCGAGAUACUCACCCGCUUGAAGUGCUUUCUAUUCAUGAAGAGUGCUCAAGAGGGAGCCCAAUCAACCAUACAUGCACUCAAUGCUCCGGACAUCAAGAGCGGACAGUAUAUUAGCUGCCUGGAAGUCGAGGGUACCCAGAGCUAUGACACCACCGCUGUCCAGCGACUCAUCGCACACUCAGCACAACUGACGGCUUUCCCCCGUCACUCUGACACCACAAACGACCCGUCACAAACUCGCAACAAAACAGACAACUUUCUAUAAA